GUAUCAGAGGAGAUUCUCGCUUAUUUGCCAAUUGACUGUGCAGUGCGCAGUUGAAAGUAAUUAUUGUGAAUUUUGUCAAGGUUACCGAUAUUGUUUUUGAAAUUAAUAAACAUUUCUAUCAGUUCGUUGUCUGAUAUACCUAGAAAGACAAAGUACACGUUGAGGUUUUCCCACCAUGCUAACCAUAAUAUUAGCUGGCAUUGUGCUCAGUAUUCUCUUCUGGUACUUUUUGGUUAAACCAUUGCAUUACUGGAGAGAUCUCGGGGUAAAACAAACCAACCCGUGGCUGUUUUUCGGCGAUAAUUGGGUGACCAUCUUCAGACGGAAAAGUUUCGAUGAAAUGUUAAUAUGGCUUUACAACAUGUUUCCCAACGAACGGUAUUCUGGUAUGUACCAAGUUUACGUACCAACGUUACUCAUUAGAGAUCCAGAGCUUAUUAAACAAUUGACCGUCAAAGAUUUCGAUCAUUUUACCGAUCACAGACCUUUCAUUGAUCCCGAAUCUGAUCCACUAUGGGGCAAAAACCUUUUCGCUUUAAGAGGACAAACUUGGAAAGAUAUGAGAGCUACUUUGUCCGCCUCUUUUACCAGUAGCAAGAUGAAAUUUAUGUUCCAUUUGAUAGGCGAUACUUGUGAAAGCUUUGUUAAAUAUUUCGACACGAAAAAAGAAGAUCUUAUCGAGCUGGAAGUUAAAGAAACUUUCACCAGGUUCACGAACGAUGUUAUCGCUAGUGCUGCAUUUGGAAUUAAAGUUGAUUCGCUGGCAGAGCCAAACAAUGAAUUUUAUUACAUGGGAAAGACACUAACCAAUCUUUCUGGUAUCAAAAUGAUGUUGAAAUUUACGGGAUAUUUUGUUGCGCCUAAAUUAUUUCGCAUGUUAGGAAUAACGUUGUUUGACGCCAAGGUGUCAAAAUAUUUCACUCAGAUCAUUUCCGAAACUAUAAAAGCCAGAGAGGAAAGAGGUAUCGUUCGGCCGGAUAUGAUUAACCUUCUUCUGGAGGCCAGGAAAGGUGUAAAACACGAUGUCAGCGCUAAUGUAGAUACCGGAUUUGCCACAGUGCAGGAAUUCGACCUGGGAACAACGGCCAAACCACGCCUAGACCUCACAGACCAAGAUAUAACGUCACAGGCCGUCAUAUUUUUCUUUGCUGGCUUCGAUACGGUAUCCACAGCUAUGUGCUUCGCCCUGCAUGAGUUGGCGUGCAAUCAAGAUAUCCAGCAAAAGCUUCGCGAAGAAAUUAGAAAGACUGCAAGCGAAUAUCCUAAAAUUACCUACGACGGGCUGCUCAAAAUGAAAUAUCUGGAUAUGGUGGUGACGGAAAUAUUGAGGAAGUGGCCACCUGCAGUUGCAAUAGACAGAGUUUGUACUAAGCCCUACACGAUAGAGCCUGUCAAUCCUGGCGAGAAAGCGCUACAUUUGCCCGUAGGGACGACGCUAUUUUUACCAAUGUUCGCCAUACACAGAGACCCCGCAUAUUACCCAAACCCGGAGAAAUUUGAUCCGGAAAGGUUUUCGGAUGAAAACAAGGACAACAUUAGGCCUUACACAUUCAUACCGUUCGGGUCCGGACCUAGAAAUUGCAUCGGAUCCAGAUUGGCUCUCCUUGAAGUGAAAGCUAUGUUGUAUCACCUCCUAUUGAAAUACGAAGUGGUGCCGACGGCAAAAACCCAAAUACCGUUGAAGAUCAGCAAAAAAUCUCUGAAUUUUACUGCCGAAAACGGUUUUUGGUAUGGCAUCAAACGAAUACACAAUAAUUCAGGAGAGCAAUUGGGAGUUCCCCAAGGAUCCAUCCUCGGUCCCCUCCUGUUUCUAAUUUAUAUUAAUGAUCUGGUAAAGGCCGUCGAUACGGCGAAUUGCAUUCUAUUUGCCGAUGAUUCGACCUUGAUCUCUUCGGACAAGGAUAUUGCGACUUUGAAGGUGAUGGCUGACGCUGAUCUUCAGGCGGUCGACCAAUAUCAUCUGACCUAUGGCGUGCUUCUUUGGGGUAACUCUUCAGAUGCUGAUCGGGUUUUUCGGCUUCAGAAGGCAGCAGUUCGCAUUCUCCAAGGGGCUCCUCCUGGAGCACAUUGUCGAGAGCUUUUUAUUAAAUUUAAGAUUCUAACUCUGCCUUCCCUAUUCAUAUACUACAACCUUCUGAAGGUCCAUGCUGGUUUGCAGAGAAUUGGUAGCACCAUUACGGGAUCCCUGCCUCCUGAGCAAGCAGGAUUUAGACCGGGCCGCACCUGCUGUGACCAGAUGCUGGCAUUGACGUCGUACAUAGAAGCGGGUUUUCAACAAAAACUAAAAACAGCCGCUGUGUUCUUGGACUUGACGUCAGCCUAUGAUACGGUCUGGAGGGAGGGACUGAACUACAAAUUUCUGAGAGCCAUAACAUACCAAACAACAGCCCGUCUAAUACAAAACAUGCUGAGCAAUAGGUGCUUCAAUGUGGUCCUCGACGACAAAAUUAGCCACACCAAGAUAAUAAAUAAUGGUCUCCCGCAGGGGUCUGUCUUGGCUCUCCUUUUGUUUAAUCUUUACAUAUCAGAUCUUCCAGCCACAGAGGGGAAAAAAUUCUGCUACGCGGACGACAUAGCACUGGCUAUUAGGCACAAAUCUCUUGACGCGGCAGAAACCAUUCUCAACAACGACCUUGCCAGACCACAUACAUAUUUUAAGAAUUGGAGACUAAUACCAAACCCUGCCAAAACACAAACAUCAACAUUUCAUCUUAAUAAUAAAAUGUAUUUGGGAGUGACUUUGGACCGCACGCUCACCUAUCGGCAACACCUGGAGAAUACCGCAGCGAAGAUAGCAACCCGAAAUAACAUAAUCCAAAAAUUAUGUGAAACCACCUGGGGCGCAACUGCAACAACACUACGCACUUCUUCGCUUGCCCUUGCGUUCUCCGUGGCCGAAUACUGCGCUCCAGUGUGGAUCAAUAGCUGUCACUCCAGGCUUGUUGACAGACAACUAAAUAGCACAAUGAGGCUGAUAUCCGCACUGCCAAUUCAUAAAGAUCUCCCACAACUGAGACACGGAAGACUAAAAUCCAGGAAACCGUCAUUAUAUCUGGCUGAAGCACUCCAAAAUGAUGGCUAUGAUCCCAAAGACCAAUGGAAGUGCGACUGGAGUUUGAAAGCAAGUGAUGUUCUUCAAAACUGGUUCGCAACUUGCAACGUCACGGGAACCGACCUAAACCGAAAGCAAUGGUCAGCCCUGAACCGGGUACGCACCGGACAUGGAAGGUUGAGGCUUUCCACCAUGAUAACCAUCAUACUAGCUGGCACUGUGCUUAGUAUUCUCUUCUGGUACUUUCUGAUUAAACCAUUACAUUACUGGAGAGAUCUCGGGGUAAAACAAAGCAACCCGUGGCUUUUUUUGGGCGACAAUUGGGUCACCCUCUUCAGACGGAAAAGUUUCGAUGAAAUGAUAAUAUGGCUCUAUAACAUGUUUCCCAACGAACGGUAUUCUGGUAUGUACCAAUUUUACCUGCCCACGUUACUCAUUAGAGAUCCAGAGCUUAUCAAACAAUUGACCGUCAAAGAUUUCGAUCAUUUUACAGAUCACAGACCUUUCGUUGAUCCCGAAUCUGAUCCACUAUGGGGCAAAAACCUUUUCGCUUUGAGAGGACAAACUUGGAAAGAUAUGAGGGCGACUUUGUCCGCCUCUUUUACCAGUAGCAAGAUGAAAUUUAUGUUCCAUUUGAUUGGCGAUACGUGUGAGAACUUUGUUAAAUAUUUCGACACGAAAAAAGAAGAUGUUAUCGAGCUUGAAGUUAAAGAAACUUUUACCAGGUUCACUAACGAUGUAAUCGCUAGUGCUGCAUUCGGAAUUAAAGUUGAUUCGUUGGCUGAGCCCAACAAUGAAUUUUACCACAUGGGAAGGGCACUAACCAAUUUUUCCGGUAUUAAAAUGAUGUUAAAAUUUAUGGGAUAUUUUAUGGUGCCUAAGCUAUUCCGAAUGUUGAGAAUAACGUUGUUCGACACCAAAGUGUCAAAAUUUUUCACUCAAAUCAUCUCUGAAACGAUAAAAGCCAGAGAGGAAGGUGGCAUCGUCCGCCCGGACAUGAUUAACCUUCUGCUGGAGGCCAGGAAAGGCGUAAAACACGAUGUCAGCGCCAACGUAGAUACCGGAUUUGCCACAGUGCAGGAAUUCGACCUGGGAACAACGGCAAAACCACGCCUAGACCUCACAGACCAAGAUAUAACGUCACAGGCCGUCAUAUUCUUCCUUGCCGGCUUCGAUACGGUAUCCACAGCUAUGUGCUUCGCCCUGCAUGAGUUGGCAUGCAAUCAAGAGGUCCAGCAAAGGCUUCGCGAAGAAAUUACAAAGACUGCAACCGAAUAUCCCAAAAUUACCUACGACGGGCUUCUUAAAAUGAAAUAUCUGGAUAUGGUGGUAACGGAAAUAUUGAGAAAGUGGCCACCUGCGGUUGCAAUAGACAGAGUUUGCACUAAAUCCUACACGAUAGAGCCCGUCAAUUCUGGCGAGAAAGCGCUACAUUUGCCCGUAGGGACGACACUAUUUUUACCCAUGUUCGCCAUACAUAGAGACCCCGCAUAUUACCCAAACCCGGAGAAAUUUGACCCGGAAAGAUUUUCGGACGAAAACAAAGACAACAUUAGACCCUACACAUUCAUACCGUUCGGGUCAGGACCAAGAAAUUGCAUCGGGUCCAGAUUUGCUCUCCUGGAAGUGAAAGCUAUGUUGUAUCACCUCCUGUUGAAAUAUGAAGUUGUGCCGACGGCAAAAACCCAAAUACCGUUGAAGAUAAGUAAAAAAUCUCUGAAUUUUACUGCCGAAAAUGGAUUUUGGUAUGGCUUCAAACGAAUACACAAUAAUUCGGCCAGAAAUUAAGAUAAAUUAAUAAUGUGAUCAUAGAUUUUAAGAUAAUAAACACCAUUUGAAAUAA